AUGUCCCUCUCAGCCCCCAUGUCCAUGCACUACACCCCCCCUCAGCCAGCACACCGCUGCCUCAAGCGCUCACCUGAAGACUCGGGCGAGAGCGAUGCUGAGGCGGACACCCUCCCCCGCCAUCCCAGAGCUCACACCAAGCCUCCCAUGACCCACGACGUCGACAUCGAGACAGACAAGGAGAGCGAACAGGGCUGUCCAGAACGCUCGGCAUUCCUGCGCCUUCCGAUAGAAAUUAUAGACAAGGUAUUGACUUCUUUUGGCGAUCACGACAACAUAUCGCUGGCGAGAUCUGCAAUGACCUGUCAGGAGAUGAGAGCUCACAUCUACCUGAAUCCUGACCAGUCCAUCUGGAGAGACAUUUUCCUGCAGAACUACGACGAUUCCCGAAGGGCCGCAGCACCCUGGGAAAAUGCCCACACUGAAGAGAUUGAUUGGAGACAGAAGGUGAAGGACAGAGAGUUCGUCUUUCGCGUACUGGACCUCUGGCAGGAGGAAAAGUGGGACGAAGCUCUCCGUCACUUGGACUUGAUCUGUGACACUCUACUCGACAUGUACCUCGAUCUUCCCUCUACAGCAGAGGACGAGUGCCAGAACCAACAAGACUCUCCCAGGCCUUACCGCCCUCAUGCCUCAAUGAACACACCCAUCCUCACAUACCUCUGCUCCUCCCCCUUGUUUAUCCAUCUUUACCGCAACCAUCGCCUUUACCCCCAGUCUCCCGGUCAUCCGCGCCUCCGACCUUUGGCCGGUGCCCGACAAAUCCCCCAAUGGUCUGUUAGGCGCCAGAUCAGGACACACACCAACCCCAAGCUCGCCAGACUGCACACACUCCUGCCCCCUCAUUUCGACGAGAAUGACGAGGCUGAUAGAGAGUGGAGAGGCUUCAUGAGAGAGCUGGUGUACUCUAUCAAGGGCUUUUCCGAAGCUAAUGACCAUGGGCCUUUCCAUGCGGAUGGAACUGUGGACUGGGUCAUUUGCGAUGCCAUCGGAUCUGUCAUGAUGUCGAAUGCCGACGAGGUUAUGGACAACCCCGAGAUCAGCGAGCAUUGGCGAGGCUCGAUUGUACCUCGAUCUUAUGGCGUCGAGCCUACCCGUGGGUGGGGCUUCUCGCACGUCGAACGACCUUUGGAGCUGCCGAGUAACCAGGUCUGGGACUGGGCCGGUGUUGAGGGUACUUGGGAAGGCUCAUACGCCUUUAUCGACUACACCGACUGGAUCUCUCUCAAUGAGCCUCAGCUCAUCCUUCAACGCGGCCGAGUCGCCCAGCUCGAUCUAACGCGAUACCACGAAGCCGUCGGCGACCUCAUGCGUCUCCGUCUCGUCCUCGAUAAUCCCACGGACCCCCCCACUCAUCAUCUCCCCCACAUCGCUUCCAACCUUCCUGUUUCCAACGCUCUCCCUCCCAUCCGAUUUGUGGGUGCGUCGCUUUCGAGCAACGAUGUGGAGCACCCCUCGCCACCUUUGGGAUUCGUCAGGGGCACGGUGCAGCUUACGACGGAUAAUCCGCCGCAGGUGAGGUGGACUUUGGUGAUCAGGUAUGGAGGGGCGGACAGGUGGACGCUUGAAGCUGUUCAUAUGGGAGGGCGAGGAAGCAAGAGGGGUUUCUUUGGUAUCUGGACGGAUGCCGCCAAGGAGGCUCAUACUCCUAAUGGGCCCCUCUGGUACUGGAAGAGUUAA